GCCUCUGGCUGUGAUCUGAAGUAUUGAAUUAUUAUGCGGCCAUUUUUGACUGGAGAAAUUUAGAGCUUUCUUGUGUCAACAAACAGCGGAGCGCAAGAGAACAGAAUAGAAAUAGAAAACGUCGGAAAACAUGCGACUUUUCCUAACUACGCGUUUAAAGCACAUCUGCGCUGCGUACGGAGUGAAGGAAAGCAGCAAAACAAUGAGUGUUGUGGGUUCAAGAUGUUUACUGGGUCUCAAGUUUUCAUGCACAGGUGUGUAUGGCCAGUGUUACCUGCCAAAAGUGAAGACAACUUUCUGGCAUGCGCGUAAACAGCAAAAUGUAAACUGCAACACGCACAGGACACAUUUUGUUCGUGGGUAUUCAUCUAAACACACAUAUGAAGAAGCGUUUGGCCUGGCGCGUGAUAAACCUGACAAGUUCUGGAGUGAAGCGGCGCUUGGCAUCACUUGGUUUGAACGCUGGACUCAAACUUUGGAUAAUACGGAUUUAGUGUUUCCAAAAUGGUUUGUUGGAGGAAAGCUGAACGUGUGUUAUAAUGCUGUCGAUCGGCAUGUGGAGAAUGGAAGAGGGGAUCAAGCGGCUGUCAUUUAUGACAGUCCAGUUACUGGGACUAAACAGGUCAUCACUUACAGAGAAGUGCAAGAGCAGGUCUCCAGGUUGGCGGGUGUACUGGUGAAGCAUGGUGUGAAGAUGGGUGACCUAGUGGUGAUCUACAUGCCCAUGGUUCCUCAGGCCAUGUUUACCAUGCUGGCCUGUGCCCGUAUCGGUGCCACCCACAGCCUCAUAUUUGGAGGAUUUGCGUCCAAAGAGCUCUCCACCCGCAUCGACCAUGCUAAGCCCAAAUUGCUGGUGACAGCAUCGUUUGGCAUUGAGCCUGGCAGACGAGUGGAGUACAUUCCCCUGGUGGAGAAAGCUCUGGAGCUCAGCACACACAAACCACACAAAGUCCUCAUCUACAACCGUCCCAGCAUGGAGAAGGUGUCAACUCGUCCUGACCUGAGCUUGGACUGGGAGGAGGAGAUGUCCACCGCUCGCCCCCAUGACUGUGUUUCAGUCUCCGCUCAUCACCCUCUGUAUGUCCUGUACACCUCAGGCACCACCGGCACUCCAAAGGGUGUUGUCAGAGAUUCGGGAGGUUAUGCUGUGAUGUUAAACUGGACCAUGUCUAAUGUCUAUGGACUGGCUCCUGGUGAGGUCUGGUGGGCUGCGUCUGACCUUGGCUGGGUGGUGGGCCACUCAUAUAUCUGCUAUGGUCCACUUCUACACGGCAACACCACUGUGCUCUAUGAGGGUAAACCUGUAGGGACUCCAGACCCCGGGGCCUUUUUCCGUGUGAUGUCUGAGCAUGGCACAGCUUGCAUGUUUACUGCUCCAACUGCUAUCAGAGCCAUUCGCCAACAAGACCCUCAGGCAGAACACGGGAAACUGUACCCACUGAACAGGCUGAGGAACUUGUUUGUAGCUGGUGAACGCUGUGAUAUAGAGACCCUCGAAUGGGCCAAGAAGAGUUUUGGAGUGCCAGUGCUGGAUCACUGGUGGCAAACUGAGAGCGGCUCCUCGAUCACUGCUUCUUGUGUGGGUCUGGGCUGCUCACUGGCUCCCCCUGCUGGUACAGCUGGUAAACCUGUGCCCGGAUACAACGUGACAGUGAUCGAUGAUGAUAUGCAACAGGUGAAACCAAGGACUCUGGGGAAUAUCGUGGUAAAGCUUCCUCUGCCUCCUGGAGCAGCUCUCAGUCUCUGGCAGAACCACGGGCUCUUCAAAGAGCUCUACUUCACCAAAUUCCCUGGUUAUUACGACACCAUGGAUGCGGGUUUUGUGGACGAGGAGGGUUUCCUUUACAUCAUGGCUCGCUCUGAUGAUGUCAUCAACGUGGCGGGUCACAGAUUGUCCACUGGGGCUCUUGAAGAGUCUGUCCUGCUUCACCCUGCUGUGGUGGACUGUGCUGUUGUGGGACUGGAGGAUUCCCUGAAAGGACACGUGCCUCUGGCUUUAUGUGUGCUUAGGAAUGACUGUAAGGAAAGCGAAGAUGCUCUGGUGAAGGGGCUGGUGAAGUUGGUAAGAGACACCAUUGGUCCUGUGGCAGCUUUCAGGAAGGUGUUCUUCGUCAAAGCUCUUCCCAAAACACGCUCUGGGAAAAUACCACGAUCCUCUCUGGCAAACCUGGUGAACCACAAGCCUUACAAGAUCAGUCCCACCAUAGAGGAUCCAGAGGUCUUCAAGGACAUCGAGAAGAUGCUGAGAGAAAGUGUAAAAGGAGCUGGUAAAUAAUUUACCACCAGAUGUAGAGAAAGACACACACAAACACACGCACACACACACACACACACACACACACACACACUAACACAAACACACAGAGAGUGAAAAACUUUCCUCUCCAAGAUGUAAGAACCUAUGAAAGAGAUUGUGGCAUAGAAAAGAGCUGGUUCUGAACAGAUUGUACUCUACAUUCCCUAAUAUUUUGCAGUAAUUUGACUGACAGUAAUAAUCUGAUUGUGCUUAUAUGAUGAGAGUGUAGCACUGUUGAUAUUUUAGUAUUAUUUGGACCAAAUAUAAGAAGUUGAAGUAAACAAGUGGUCUAAUGGU